AUGAUGGACGGGCCAGCGCCUCGUCUCUGCACGCUCACGAAGGAGUACCCUGGACAGGAGUACGGCUACAACCUGCACGCCGAGAAGGGCAAGGGCCAAUUCGUCGGUGUAGUUGAUCACGGCAGUAUCGCUGAGAAGAGCGGCCUCCGCACUGGAGAUCGAAUCCUCGCUGUUAAUGGGCACAGCAUCAUCGAGGAGAACCAUACCAAGGUUGUCACUCGCAUCAAGUCGAACCCGAAUGAAUGCUCCCUUCUUGUACUCGACGCUACGGCCGUCGAGUGGUACGCCACCCGAGGACUGCCACUCCCUACGCAGCCCAGAUCGGACUCCUUCUCCCGGCCAGCCCCUCCUAAUUCUUCGCCACCUCCUGGGACUUGGUAUGCACCGACCAAGACCACUACUCAUCACGACGGGAUGAAGCCGAGACCGCGUCUUUGUGAAUUGCAAAAAUCGUCGCCCAACGACGAGUUCGGCUUCAACCUCCACGCCGAGAAGGGACGCGGCCAUUUUAUUGGGACGGUCGACCCGGGCGGUAUUGGAGACCGGGCGGGCCUCCAAACUGGGCAGCGCAUCGUUGGAGUCAACGGCGAGCUGAUCUACCCCAGCACCCAGCACAAGGACGUCGUCACCCUUAUCAAACGCUCCCCAGUCCAUACUCAGCUUUUGGUCGCCAGCGAGGAUGUCGAUAGCUGGUACAAGGAGAACCGGGAGGAGUACAGCUUCUCGUACGUCGAGGAUUUCCCCGCGCACCGAAGCCACGCCCCCUCCACCGUCAUCCCGCCACACGAGACGAUCACCGAGGCCGAGGCGGAGACCGUAGCUCGCAGAAUGACACAAGAAGUGAUCGCGUCGGUGUACGAGGAGCACCCAUUGCCACUCCCGGAGGCCCCGCCAGUACGCCACGAUACCAUCGACAGUAGCAGGCCGUCAAUCGGAGUGGUGCCUGAACCGCUUGGUGAUGAUAUCCUCGAUGCCGUCUUCGCCGCCAUCCCCAUCACCACUCAGGCCACCGUAACCUCGACUGCUGUCGAUACCGUGCCGCAACAUGCUGUCCACGUUGAGCCUGUUGAGCAGCACCAGCAUGUCGUUGAGGAAGUGACCUACAACCCGCCGGUGAUCACGCCGCCACAGACGUCGCCGCUCAGCCAGAAUUCCUCGGGAUACGGUCAUUCUGACUCUUCCCACAAUGGUGCGUACACCCCGUACAACCCGGCCCCUCCAACGAACGGCCACCACCACCAAUACAACGAUGGUCCACCGGCCAUCGGCAAGGGCGCCCUCGCCGACCCGUUCAACGACAUCUUCAACCUCAACGCCAAGGAAGCCCGCGAGCGUCUGCGGAACAACCGACGGAACCAGCGCUCCGCCGUCGACAUGUCGCUGGAGGAGAAGCAUCGUCUGAUUAUGAAUAUG